CUGUUAUGUUCAAUUGUUCACGACUUCACGUGUAUUCACUGUAGAUCUAAUGGUGAAACGUGAACAAUGGCUAGGCUCUUGGCUAAAAGAAGUAAUUCUGUUCUUUUUCUCGGAAAUUUCAGACCAGAACAGAGACAUUGUAGAUGGCUCAACAAUGAGGGAAGAGUUUCUGUUGAAGCGACUGUUGGAGGGAAGAAAACUACCAUUUCUUCUGGAAAGUUUGCCUGUUUAGCUGAUGGAGCAGUUGUUGUUAAGUCUGGUAAUACAUCGCUAAUGGUAACAGCUGUAUCAAGUACCAGUCCCUCUUCUACCUAUACAAUACUUCCAUUAACAGUUAAUUACAGAGAGAGAGCAUCAGCUGUACAUGGAAUCACAAAGAACUUUUACAAAAAAGAAUCAGAAUUGCAUCCGUCAAGCAAAGAAAUAUUAGCCAGUAGAUUGAUAGAUCGCUCUAUCAGACCUCUCUUUUCACCUGGCUAUGCAUACGACACUCAGAUCAUAAGUAGCCUAUUGGAAGAUGAUGGUUUAUCCCACACUGGUGUAAUGUCUAUCAAUGGAGCAUCUGCAGCUCUUACACUGUCUGAUAUACCAUGGAAUGGACCAGUGGCUGCAGUUCAUGUUGGUAUCAUUAAUGGAACAUUUGUGUCAAAUAUGUUGUCUAAAGAAGUGUUAGACUCACCAUUAAAUCUCAUUAUUAGCUGCAAUAAGGAAAAAAUAGUAAUGUUGGAAGGCUAUGGUAACGAAAUAUCAGAAGAGGUGAUCUGUAAUGCUGUACAAUUUGGCAUUAAAGAAGUUCAGUCAUUAUUAGAAGUUAUUGGAUCACUCAAGGAUCAUAGUAAGAAACCAUUGAGAGAUGUAGAGUUAAUAAAACCAUCAGAUGCUGUGAAGUACAAAGUACACCAGUAA